AACUUCGGGUUCCAAAUGUUGCUUUUGACGGACACAAAACAACACGAUCACUUUAAAACUCGUCGCCAGUUGUUAUGUCUACGUUCUCAACUUAACUUGACGGUAAACAAAACAUAAACAUUCUCAGACGAUAAAACUUAUAUCUAUUACAAUGAAACUUAUAAUCUACGAAUCCUUAGACGGAGACCCGCUCACGUCUAUCUCUCGGCUCGGCUCGUGGGGGAGUGACCUCUUCGUGCUUGCUUCGUCUCCAGGUGACAGUCCCUGUCACCUGAGAGAAGGAGGCUGUUGAGGAAAUCGUAUUCCGUUUAGCAUACGUGCGCGCGAGAGAGAGAGAGAAGGAGAGAGAGAGGGAACUUAAUCGUUGUCGCCGUGCGCUGCUCGACGAGAGAGCGCUACGCGCUGACCGAGAGAAUUCUUAUCAGCUUAAUCAGUCGCGUUCUGAACUCUGACCCGAUCAGUAGCGUUCUGAUCCCCAUACCAAACAGUCGCGUUUUGAACUCUAACCCGAUCAGUAGCGUUCUGAUCUCCGUACCAACAGGUCACGUUUUGACCUCAGACCCAAAAAGUUGCGUUCUGACCAAUCUGUUCUAAAGUUAAAUAAACUUGUGAAUUAACAACAUCUUACAAACAUAUACAGUGUUCGGACAAUUAAAAGUGCAUAUCACAUCUAACCCCAAAUCCCCCACAUAAAAGUUUUGGUCCUUCGAUCCGAAUGUGUCACAUUUUGUGGUUCUUAGAUCCGAAUGUGACACUUCUUCUUACUCUUACUGCUGACCGCGAACCGCUUACCGCGAACCGCUUACCGCAGUGCGCUUAUCGUUGAACGCGAACCGCUUACCGCUAACGGCAGCACGCCGACCGCUUACCCAGAACGCAUACUCUUAACGCUUACCUCUGACCUCGUACCGCUUACCGCUUACCACAGAUCGCGAACCGCUAACGGCAGAACGCCUAUUCAUACCGCUUACUUUUGAUCGCGUACCGCUUACCCCUGACCGCUUACCUCUUACCGCUUGAAAAAGUAUUGCAUCAGAAGUGUUGCAUCUUACCCAUACCAGUGAUCGUAUCGAACACAUUCAUACCGCUAACCCAGAAAGUGACGGAAGUGUUUAAUCGAACAUAUUCAUACCGCUAACCCAAAACGUGACGGAAGUGUUUUAUGAAAUGUAUUCAUACCACUAACCCAGAAGUGUUGUGACAAACAUAAUCUAACCCCUGAUCAAGAAAGUGUGUGUCUUUCUUAAACGUUUAUCGAACCCUGACCGUGUGAAAGCGAACUAAAAGGUGUAAAAAAGUGAAGUUUCCAACGAACCCGUAAAAGUGACAAAAAAGUGAACGUUUAACAAACAUUACAAGUGCUUAUCUAACCAGUUACAAUGUCGCUAAUUCGUUCGCCGGCGGCUGUGCCUGAACCGUCAAGGGAGCAGGAGGCUUUGCCUGGACCGUCAAGGGCGCCAGACGCGAACGGAGCAAACCAGAACGAGGACAGCGUUUCAGAUGUGUUCCCUAUCCUCGAUGACAUCGCAAGGGCUGAACGCCAAUUGAUCCACCUAUUUCGGCAGUUAGAUCGCAUGGAGGCCAACUACAACCAGAGGAAAACGGACGUUGCGGCACUCAAGCUGAUUGCGGUAAGACUAAAAGAACUUUCUUCUGAAGCAGCAGCCGUGUUUUCUGUGUUAUUUGAAGAAACUGAUGAAACUAAGUACAAGCUGGCAGAAGAGCGCUAUAGCAGUUUCGAUAACAGGAUUUUUGAUCAGAAGGUAAACAUACAACAAGGUAUGUUGGCGCUUACUCCUAACAUUCAAAUAACAAAAAGUGAUCCCGAUCGAGAAAAGCCAUGCGCUAAAUCAAACCGUGUAAAACUUCCCGAACUAAAAUUGCCCAGUUUUGAUGGAACCAUUCGAGAUUGGCCACCUUUUCGUGACGCAUUUUGUUCCAUGAUCGAUUCAUCUGACCAGUUGUCCGAUAGCGACAAACUAUCAUAUUUGCUGACCACCGUAACAAAAGAAGCCAAGCGAACAAUAGAAAACAUUCCGAUCACAUCCGCUAACUACGCCGUUGCCUGGAAACUUCUUACCGAUCGAUACGAAAACAAAUAUCUUCUUAUCAAAGCAUAUUGCGAUGCGCUGUUCGAGAUUCCCGCCUCCAAAAAGGAGUGUGCCGAAACGCUCAACAGUAUUGUUAACGAAUUCGAACGAAAUGGAGCUGCGACAGUGGGAGUUAACGCGCAGCAACAAAACCAUACCAUUGUACAGCAAGCUGGUAGAAUUUCUUCGAAAUCAUUGUCGUACGUUGCAAUCCGUAAACAAGCAAUCUGUCUCGCUCAAACCAAUUGACACCAAUCGAUCAAAGGAACAUGCCAGAGAAUUCGGCCGAAAAGUGCAAACCGUUCACGCAGCAACACUCGACUUGAGCAAGUGUGUGUUUUGUUCUCAAACUAAGCAUUCGCCAUUUCUUUGUCCCGUAUUCAGACAAAUGCCAGUUUCGAAACGAAAAGAAUUGGUAAAAAACAAAGCCUUGUGUUUCAACUGUUUGUCUUCAAAUCAUCGACUGAACCAAUGCAGUUCGAGUUCUUGCCGGGUUUGUGGGUUGAAACAUCAUACAAUGCUGCACGCGGAAAAUGUUUCGCAGCCAGCCCCAUCUCCUUCUGUUACUGUUCCACGAACACAAGAACCACACACGUCGGUUUCACAUUCUGAUCGCACACAAUUAAACCCUGAACCGUCCACUUCUUAUUCUCACGUAUCGAUGAUAACGCAGCCAACCCAAAUCAUACCGAAACAAGCACAAAUAUUACUUCAAACAGCGAUAGUUUCUGUCCUUAACUCAGUCGGUAAACCCUUACCUGUACGCAUAUUGCUCGAUUCCGGUGCGCAAUUGAAUAUUGUCACUGAACGAUUGAUACAUCGUCUUCGCUUGCAAAAACAUCGCGAAAUGCAUCGCAUUGGCGGAAUCGGCAAAACUAACCUGGUGUCGCAAAGUUACGCAAAUUUAGACAUUCAAUCACGGCACAAAGAUUUCAAGGCAAUCGUAAAAUGUCAUAUACUUCCGGAAAUAACUCGUGAGCUUCCUAGCAGUCCCAUAGACAUUUCUUCAUGGGAAUUGCCUUCAAAUAUCGAACUUGCUGACCCAACAUUUUACCAACCUGGACAAAUAGAUAUGCUUAUUGGUAUCGAUUUGUUUUAUGACAUCAUACAAGAAGGCUUAAUCAAACUUCCAAACAGCAAAACCGUAUUGCAGAAUACUUGCCUUGGCUGGGUGGUUGCUGGACACCCACCAAUUGAUCAUACGCCUUACGCACAAACCUCGAAUGCUUUUCAUGCUUGUAGCAUUGAAGAGCAAGUGGCAAGAUUUUGGGAGCUCGAAUCAUGUCAAAGCAAAAAAGGUAUGUCGGUAGAAGAAACGACAUGCGAAGAACAUUUUAUCAAAACAUACAAACGCGAUUCAAAUGGCAGAUUUGUUGUUCGCUUAACAAUAAAACCGAACGUACUUACCCAGUUGGGAAACUCUUACCAUACCGCGAUGAAGCGACUUGACCAACUGAACAACAAAUUUCUUAAACAACCUGAAUUGAAAAUAGCAUACUGCUUUCUGCUUUCUUAACAGAAUAUUUGAACCUUGGUCAUAUGGAACAAAUAUUUCAAACCGAAACCGAACCGUCCUAUUUCUUACCUCAUCAUGGUGUACUUCGUCCAGACAGCUUAACAACAAAACUACGUGUAGUUUUUGACGCUUCUUGUCGUUCUGAUACAGGUGUAUCAUUAAACGAUUCGUUAAUGGUAGGACCGGUAGUGCAGAACGAUCUAAUCACAAUCAUUCUAAGAUUCCGUAUGUCGAAAUAUGCGUUGGUAGCCGACAUAGAAAAAAUGUAUCGGCAAAUAUUAGUCCACGAAUCAGACCGUCCGUUACAGCGCAUAGUGUGGAAAUCAGAUACAGAUAAACCGGUACAAAUAUUUCAACUGAAAACAGUUACUUAUGGUACUUCAGCUGCACCUUAUCUAGCGACCCGAUGCUUAACCCAACUUGCAAAAGAAAGUGAAAAUACACACCCUAUUGCUUCAAAAGUGCUCAACAGAGACUUUUACAUGGACGAUCUGUUGACAGGAGUAAACGAUCUGGAACAUGGUAAUUUACUCUGCAGUCAACUGAUUUCGUUGCUCGAUUCAGCUGGCUUUCGUCUACACAAAUGGGCGUCUAACGCCACAGAACUUCUCGCAAAUAUUCCUAAACAGCUUCAAGAUGAAAGAUCCAUCCUACAGCUUGACGAAUCAUCAAAACCCAUAAAAACUCUCGGUUUAAAAUGGGAUACUACGAACGACAAAUUCAUCAUCGAUGCACCUAAACGGCCUGAUCACAACCUUAUCACGAAACGUACCGUACUAUCAGAUACAUCACGCUUAUUCGACCCAUUGGGAUUGGUCGGACCUCUAAUCUUGCUAGCUAAACUCUUUUUGCAGGAUCUGUGGAAGGAACAGAUCAGUUGGGACGAACCAUUAUCUAAUGUAUUUGAGCAACGAUGGUUGUUCAUCCGUGACAAUCUGGCGCAACUGCAUGAUCUUACUAUUCCUCGAUGGGUGAUGUCUACAUCCAAACCCGUAUGCGUAGAGCUUCAUGGCUUUUGUGACGCGUCCGAAAAGGCCUAUGGAGCAUGCGUUUAUGUCCGUACAGUAGAUCAGUCCGGAAACAUAUCAUCUAACCUACUUGUUUCCAAAGCACGUGUGGCACCCAUAGGAAACUCAAAGAAGGAGCGAAAGUUAAGUUUGCCCAGAUUGGAGUUGUGUGCUGCUCAUUUGCUCGCUCAACUUUAUCAAAAGGUACGUACAUCCUUACAAGCCGAUCUUACAACAUAUUUCUGGUCAGAUUCCACCAUCGUCUUACACUGGUUGUCGUCGCCAUCAUCACGCUGGAAGAACUUCAUAGCAAACCGUGUAUCUGACAUUCAACACCUGACUUCUGAUAACUGGCACCAUGUUCCUGGCGUACAAAAUCCCGCAGAUUUUAUAUCUCGUGGAGCGAAUCCUGAUCAACUGGCAUGCUGUCAAUCGUGGUGGUAUGGCCCUGACUGGUUGACUAAGUCACCAGAAUUUUGGCCGAUUCAGCAACAUUUACCUGAUCAUCAAGCUAACAGUGAAGUGCUAGAAGAACGAACCGUACUACUUAACCAGACCAUCGAAACGAAUCCCAUAUUUUUGUUGUACUCAUCUUACCCCAAACUGCAGCAACGUGUUGCAUGGAUACGUCGUUUUUUGUACAACAUCAAACCAGCUAACAAAGAUAAACGUCUUUACCCGUACCUCACUCUACAAGAACUUCAAGAGGCAACCAAAUGUCUUGUACGAAUGGCUCAAAAAGAAGUUUUUGGUGCCGAAUUUUUAAGUCUGCAAAAAUCUGGCCAAGUUGAUUCUAAUUCCCGUCUGAAAUCGCUUACCCCAUACCUGGACGAUGAUUUACUGCAUGUUGGCGGGAGACUUCGUCAUGCUGAUGUGUCUCCGUCCCGGAAACAUCCUCUGAUUUUGGGCAUUCUCUUUCAAUGUUGAUUGCUAAUCAUUAUCAUUUUUGUUACCAACAUGCCGGAGCAACAUUACUAAUUUCUCUUCUAAGGGAGAAAUUCUGGCCGCUUCGAGCAAGGAACCUGGCUCGCCGAGUAGUUCAUUCCUGUGUGAGCUGUUUUCGAAAUCGACCAACCCCGCUGGAACAGCUCAUGGGAGACCUGCCGCGAGAACGUGUCACACCAACCUUACCCUUCUUACGGACUGGAGUGGACUUAUGUGGUCCUAUUUUCUACAAAUAUCCUAAUCGAAAAGCUCAACCAGUCAAGGGCUUUGUAGCUAUCUUCGUUUCUCUGGUCGUAAAAGCAGUACAUAUAGAGAUGGUUGCAGAUCUCUCUACCAACGCCUUCCUGGCCGCCCUUCGACGCUUCGUGUCACGACGUGGUCGAUCACAGCUGAUCGAGUGUGACAACGCGAAAAACUUCAUCGGAGCUUCUCGAGAAGUGGCACAAUUAGCAAAACAAUUUCAAACUCAGCAGUUUCAACAGACCGUUAUCAAAUCAUGUGCCAACGAGAGUAUCGAAUUUAAAUUCAUACCGCCGCGUUCCCCCAAUUUCGGCGGAUUGUGGGAAGCCGCUGUAAAGUCAUUUAAGACUCAUCUCAAACCCACCAUCGGAAACGCCAUUCUUACUUACAAAGAAUUUACUACCUUGCUAACCCAAAUUGAAGCUUGUUUGAAUUCUAGGCCGCUUACACCGAUGUCUUCUGACCCGAACGAUUAUGAAGCUCUGACCCCGGCACAUUUCCUAAUACACCGCUCUAUCGUGGGACUUGCGGAACCAUCUUACGAGUUGAGACCUAUCAACCGACUGGACCGUUACGAGCAGGUUCAAGAGUUUCUGCGCCGCUUGUGGAAUCGAUGGUCAUCGGACUACUUAUCGGGCCUUCAUCCUAAGAUAACAUCACCCUGGGCACUAUGGUUUUGGUGAAGGAAGAUAAUCUUCCCCCGCGUAAAUGGUGUUUAGGGCGAGUAACGGACAUCGUGAAAGGAGCGGAUGGAAACGUCCGAGUAGUUUUUGUUAGAACUAAAGAUGGUGAAUUCAAAAGGACUAUCUCUAAGCUUUGCGUCCUCCCAAUCAGACAGACUACUUCAGAGGAGUGUUGAAUCUCUUGGUGAUUCAACGGGGGGGAGGAUGUUGAGGAAAUCGUAUUCCGUUUAGCAUACGUGCGCGCGAGAGAGAGAGAGAAGGAGAGAGAGAAGGAACUUAAUCGUUGUCGCCGUGCGCUGCUCGACGAGAGAGCGCUACGCGCUGACCGAGAGAAUUCUUAUCAGCUUAAUCAGUCGCGUUCUGAACUCUGACCCGAUCAGUAGCGUUCUGAUCUCCGUACCAACAGGUCACGUUUUGACCUCAGACCCAAAAAGUUGCGUUCUGACCAAUCUGUUCUAAAGUUAAAUAAACUUGUGAAUUAACAACAUCUUACAAA